GCUCUCGCUACAUAGCCAUCGCUCUCCAAUCCCCAAUCCACCGGAUUUCGGCUUGCAUCCACCGGAUUUCUGCGUGCAUCCCAUCCCCUGCUCCAUUCCUCGGCGGUUCCGCGGCGCCCAUUGGGCGGACCGGCAGGUGAGGUGGUUGCCUCGGUUCCUUCGUCCAGCCGACGGUUCCAGGUUCGGACUUUGGAGUAAUCGAGCGGCAUUGCUGGAUUCGGCGCUCGCCGAGUUGGUUGAGGCACCGGCAGAGCUCUGAAGUAAUCUCUAUUCAGAUGACAUAAGGAGUGUUGGCCCUCACGUCUUUGUCUAGAAGGAGAUGAAAGUUGGUGCUCUUCUGACCUCUGCUGGAAUCAACAUUGGUCUUUGCGUGCUUUUUUGGUCCUUGUAUUCCAUUCUGAGGAAGCAGCCACAGAAUGUUAAGGUCUAUUUUGGGAGAAGUAUUUCUAAGGCGCAUCGCCGGCCCCUUUUGGAGAGAUUUGUUCCGUCCCCAAGCUGGAUUGUGAGCAGUCUGCACUGCACGGAGGAUGAGAUGUUAACUACUGCUGGGUUGGAUGCAGUUGUUUUCAAUAGAGUUCUGGUAUUUAGCAUACGCAUAUUUUCAUUGGCUGCCAUUCUUUGUGUAUUUGGAAUUCUCCCAUUGAAUUAUUUUGGACAAGAUAUGAAUCAUGUCCUGAUUCCUUCAGCAUCAUUGGAGACAUUUACUAUAGGAAAUGUGAAAGAGAAAUCUAGAUGGCUCUGGGUCCAUUGCGUUGUGCUGUACAUCAUAUCUGGUGUAGCUUGCUUUCUUCUAUAUUUGGAGUACACGCAUAUUGCUAGACUGAGGUUACUUCGUCUUGUUCAAACAAAUGGCAAUCCUAGCAGCUUUACUGUCCUUGUUCGUGGGAUACCGAAGUCAAGUCAUGAAUCAUUCAGCAGCGCUGUUGAUAGUUUCUUUACUAAGUACCACGCACCGAGUUAUCUAUCUCAUCUAGUUGUUCAUAAAGUUGGGAAAGUUCAGAAGAUAGUGAUGGGUGCAAAGAAGGCCUUUAGGAAGUUCAAGCAUUUCAAGGGUACCGCUGUCGAUCAGACAUGCAGAUCCGUUACUUAUCAAUGUUGUCUUUGUGGAGUGUCAUCAAAUUCGUUCCAGUUAUUGCCUAUUGAGGAGCAAGAGAGGGAAAACCCAUGUGUGAAAAAUUCAAACUUGGACUUAUCUGAUGAGGACUGUGCUGCUGCCUUUGUAUUUUUCAAAACUCGGUAUGCGGCGUUAAUUGUAUCCGAAAUUCUCCAGACAUCCAACCCUAUGAAAUGGGUCACUAGUCUGGCCCCAGAACCCGAAGACAUGUAUUGGUCGAAUCUUUGGUUACCGUACAAGCAGCUUUGGAUUCGCCGCAUAGCAACACUUCUGGGUUCUAUUGUUUUUAUGAUCAUUUUUCUUCUACCCAUCACAUUUAUACAAGGUCUAAGUCAGCUAGAAACCCUGCAGCAAAGGCUCCCUUUCCUGAAAGGGAUAUUGAAAGGGAAAUAUAUGUCCCAGCUAGUAACUGGAUACCUUCCCAGUGUCAUCUUGCAAAUAUUUCUAUAUACUGUCCCCCCAACGAUGAUGCUAUUUUCGACAUUAGAGGGACCUAUUUCUCACAGUGAAAGGAAGAAAAGUGCCUGUUGUAAAGUUUUAGUCUUCACCAUUUGGAAUGUUUUCUUCUUCAAUGUCCUAUCAGGUUCGGUACUUAACCAACUGAACGUGUUAUUCAGCCCAAAGGAAAUUCCAAUGCUGCUUGCUAGAGCAAUACCCUUACAGGCUACCUUCUUUACAACCUAUGUUCUGACUUCAGGAUGGGCUAGUCUAUCAUCAGAACUUAUGCAACUCUUUGGCCUUAUUUGGAAUUUUGUAAGGAAAUAUAUUCUGAGAAAGAAAGACGAUAGCGACCUUAUUUUCUCAUUUCCCUAUCACACUGAACUACCAAAAGUUCUGCUGUUUGGACUAUUGGGCUUCACAUGCUCUGUGCUAGCACCUCUAAUCUUGCCCUUUUUGCUGAUAUACUUCUUUCUUGCCUACGUUGUGUACCGCAAUCAGUUCAUUAAUGUUUACUGCACAAGAUACGACACAGGCGGUUUGUAUUGGCCAAUUGCAUACAAUACAACAAUAUUCUCUAUCGUGCUCACCCAGAUCAUCUGCCUCGGUGUCUUUGGCCUUAAAAAAUCCCCUGUAGCUGCAGGUUUCACUGUACCUCUUAUCAUCCUCACUCUGUUAUUCAACCAGUAUUGCAGAAUGCGUCUUCUGCCAUUAUUCAGGACUUUCCCUGCACAGGUUUUGAUAGACAUGGACAGAGAUGAUCAGCAAUCGGGCAAAAUGGAUGCCAUUUACCAGCGCUUUCAUUCUGCUUACUGUCAGUCCUCUGACACCGAUGACAUACCUUUGGAAGGAAUUAAAACAUCCAGUACAGAUGAAGAUAAAGGCAGCAGCUCAGGUGAAUCUAGCUGCAAAGAAGGCGCGAAUCAACCAGGAAGUGACUUGUCGCACCCGACAAUGAAAGGUCUCCCUGUUGAUCGGCUAAGGACUGCAGUGAGAUCGCUAGCUUUCAUGAUCAGAAUACAGAAGAGAGGCUUAUCCCAAUAGCUCAACCCGCGGUGGUAUAUGUACAAACUGCAUACAUUGUGCGCAUAUAGGACAACAUAGAGACGGAGAUAUACGUACAAAUAGAAAAUCUCCUGUUGAGUUGGGUGGGUAAAAUUGUGUGUUCAAAUGGAUGCCUGCGCAACUCUUCCGAUAAUUUUUUGGUCGUACAUACAAAAGAAAAGUUUUGGUUCUUCA